AUGGUGGUGGUGGUUGACAAAAUGUCGAGACCACGGUCACGAUCUCCACGCUACAGGAGGUUCCCAUGGGAGGAACCAGACUUUGAUCCUUAUAAAGUCAUUGCAGAACUGGAUGGGAAUCCGCCGGACAGGAGUCGCCACCUCAGGGAGGAUCCUGAAGAACACUGGGACUACUUCAGGGAAGACGUGUACCCAGAAGGCCGGAGAAGAUCCCCCCCUUUCCCAGAUGACCGUCAGUUUGGGCAUCAGCGUCACCCAGACGAAGAGGAGUUUUACCGCAGGAGGCCGUCACCUCAUUAUGAGGCGGGGGGCUAUGAUGACCGGAGGCUCUCCCCACCGCCAAACGAAGGAGGAGAGGGAGACAGGCGCAGAGGAGGGUUUAGAGAACACUUCCAGAGCUUUGAAAACAAAGGGAGGUUGCCUCACUCCCCCAUGAGGUUGGCGAGGGAAAGAUUGCACACAGACCACCAACAAGAGAAGCCCGGGAUGGGCUGGAGGAGAGAGGAGCAGGGCAGAGGGCGAGGGAGGUUCAGAGGCGUCAGUCCCGGUGGGAGGAUAGACGACCAAAGAGUGGGAGCAGGUAGGGAAAGAGGAAGGAGGAGCGCACAGGGUCCCAACAGAGGCAGACGGAGGGAGGAUCAAGAGAGGAACCCCCACUUUAAAAGGCAAAGAAGAGAAAUGGAUGACACCGAUCACCUUGGGUACAGGAAUGAGGAGGACUUUGAGGAACAGCGUUACUCAGUUGACUCACCCAGAGAUGGGUUCGGAGGAGACAAUCAGGGGAGCCUCCCCCACGGAGACGCUCGGCGCUUGAGACCACUCAUCAUUGAACACGAUCACGGUAUCGCAGAGAGCAGAGAGCUGCCACAGUGGGAACAGUUUGGCGAUCACAGAGAUAUUGACCCUGACUUUGAUCGGCAGAGGAGUCCCCGUCCGCUGGGCUCCUCGCAGGAGCGUUUCAGGACGUCAGACAGCAGGUUGGAUGAUCGGGAGGACGUGAGAGGACGCCAUUUUAAAGAUAACUGGAGAGACUCCAGCUUUCUUGAAACAAGGAGGAGCCCUAUGCCGCACGAUAGACCAAAUCCAAUGAGAUAUGGUAAUCGAGAUGGUCCUGUGAACCACAAGGGGAGGGGCGGUCCUCGCCCUGGGAGAGGGAGGUUGAAUCAUGGACAGGGUGGAAGGACCGGACCGCCCAGGAAUCCAGCACACUUACAGAAGCCCUCCCAGGAAUACCAAGAUCUUCCUCAUGAAGAACAAAGACCGGGUUACCGACCAUUCAGGGACGAUUGUUAUGAGGAUCCCAUCGAAGGGGAGUCUAACUGGGCAGGAGAGGACAGACUUCAACAGUGGGAACACGACAGGUCCAGAAGUCUGGACCGACACCUACCCAGGGGCGACUUGGACCCUAAAAUGCCACGUUCGAGGGAGCGCGGAUGGAACGAUCUGAAAAGCAAUAACAUGAGCGCUGCAAAGGAGGAAACGUUAACCAUCAAAGUAGACAUGAGCCGACCCGUUAACCAAAACAGCCCGUUGUGUUACUCCUCAGACAGGCAGCUCUCUUUAGACCUGGUCAACGUGGGUCGUCAGCGUCUGGACUUCCUGCCCAUGCUGGAGCACUCGGGGACGUACCGGGAGACGGCAGUGCACACUGGGACUUUUGCCCAGGAGAUCAUCACACUGGUGCACCACGUCAAAGAGCAGUACUUCAGAGACGAUGGGGUCACCCUGAAUGAGCGUUUCUCAGCUCCACAGAAAGGCGGCUUCUCUGAAGAGGAGACAGAGGAGCUGACGUUGGACGAGAGGUUCAGUUCAAACCGAGGCUUCAGCUUAAAUUUGAACUCGCUGCUUGAUGACGACGAGCCUCUGUUCUCCAGACUGGGACCCCUGCAGGGUUUGAGCCAGCAGCCGGUGCGAGGCCCAGGAGACCUGAGGCACGACCUGGAGAGGAGGCGGCAGGAGAGACUGGAGGGGGUGAAGGUCACAAUACCAGGGAGCAGUAUGACACAGCGCCCCCUUGGACCAAUCAGCGAGUCGGGGUUAGAGUACAGCGACAAGGACGAGAUGGCUCAGAUGGAGGACGAAGGAUUCUCGUCUUGGCCAGAGGAGCAGAGCAGGAGACGGGACGGCGGCAUGGUGCCGAGGAGAGGAGCUCCGUACAGACCGAACACAGGCUCCCAGCGCAGGAACAAUCGGUUCGGUAACCGGGGUGGACCAAUGAGGCGACAGAACCACCGCAACAACCCUGCAGGUCCUAACUGGUGAUUGGACAAUGGGAAGGUAUUUCAUUUGGAUGUUGCUGAAAAAAAACAAAAAACAGCCAAUUAAAGGAAACAUUUCGUCCUUUGUCUUGGGCCGAAUUGUGCCCGUGUUGAUUCUGAUCAACAGCACAAUGUAGACA